AUGUCAACGAAAAUGUCUUGGUCGGUCAAGUUCAUAGCACUAUUUAAAGAACUGACGUCGAACAAGGGGACACAAGUCGAUGUCAUGUUAUCGAAAAUCCACGACUUCUUAUUUGUAGUGAUUCGAGAUCUUCAAGGGGAGGGUAUAGCGACUUUUCUAUCAGAGAUAUCGAACGGCCUGAUAGAUCAAAUGAAAUCGUCGGACACGCCGAUGGAUCAACUGUUGUCGAUAACGAUGAUAGUAGAUUUAAUUAUAUCAAGUGAAAUUGACGAAACCUUUACUCGAACAUAUGCGAAGGAUAUCGUCGACGUUCUUUUGAAAUCGCAAUACCCCGACGUCGUGAGUGGAGCAGUUAAGUUACUUGGUAAAAUUGUUCGAGUAGCUCCUCAUGAUCUAGUUGAAGUUGAGCUCGACACUGCUUUUAAGUAUCUAGAAAAGGAACCAAAAACGACUGGCGCGAUGAUGGUGUACCACAUUGCGUUAAACAAUGAAGUUGUGUGUUUUAUGAAUCAAACGCGAAUGAUCGAUUUGUUGAUUAAUGUGUUGUAUGACAAGAACAUCCAAGCACGUAUUGAGUCACAAAAGGCACUUGCUGUAUUACUUCACUUAUUCACUGCAAAGGCGGAGGGGUUUGAUUUAAGUCCAUUGUAUGAACAAGCUGUGAUGUACUUGAAACGGAUGAAUAACCCUGAUUUGCAGCAUGGUGCGUUAUUAAUACUGACUGCACUGUUACACAAUUGCAGAGAAUUCAUGGUCUCCAAAUUCAAAGAGGUUCUUCAGAUAUUCUUGAAUAACAGAGAGAAUAAAAUAGUGAUCAUUAAGAAGACGAUCUUACAAUCCCUUGCUGAAUUUGCGAAUUUUGACCCAACAAGCUUUGCACCAAAGAAUGAGGUGGUGGCCGAAUUGUAUAAUAAAGAUAUCCGAACCGGACAGGAAUUCAAUUCACCGGAGAAUGACGAUGUGAGAAGAGUGAAAGUUCAAGAGCCGUUGAGUGGUGUGAUGAAUUACUUGGUGAAUUGCACGCGAAAUUUUCCAGAGAAGAAUAUAGUGUUUAGUGUGAUAGGAGACAUCGCCCGAGAAGUGAAGAGCGAGAUGUACCCGUACUUGGAGAAUGUCUUUACGCAGAUUAAAAGCAUUGUAUUGUCGAAGGAAAAGCAGUCUGAAGUGUUAAAUGCGGUGAUGUAUUGUACACAGCAGUUGAUUGAGUUUAUUCCAGUGCCAAGGGUAUUUACACUGUUCUAUCAAAUCUAUCCCAAUCUCCUUGAAAAUGGCAUUUCCCAGAAUUUGGUGUCACUUGUGAAAAAGGCGUGUGAUGUGUGUAGUAACCCAUCUUAUCGUCACCAAAUACAGAAAAUGCUGUUGGACUCGAUAUGUGGAAUUUUGUUGGGAAAGGCGUACAUUCCUUUUGGAGCGCCAGAACACUUGAAAAUGUUUAACAAAGUCAUUGUGCCCUCUUUAGAUAAUUCGGAACAAAUCAUACUCGCACUGAAUACACUUCAUUCGUUUAAGUUUAAAGACAAUAUCAUUCCCGUUGUCAAGGAAUGUAUCAUGAAAUUCAUCGAUUCUGAAGACAAAGGAAUCAGAAAGGAAUCUGCAAUGCUCAUUAAAGUACUUUUGCCUCCUUUGGAUGAAACUAAGAAAGUUGUCUCGACACUGAACGUCAUUGAUGUGCUUGAGAAAAUUCUUGAACAUGGACUAUCGGAUGGCGAGACGGAAAUUCGGCUCACCAUUGUGAAGUUACUUGAUGAACGAUUUGAUAACUUCUUGGCACAAUCGAAGAAGAUUCAAACGAUGUUUGUUGUACUGAACGACGAGAAUUUAAAAGUCAGAGAACAAGCAAUUUGUAUUAUUGGAAGACUCACGAAGUAUAACCCCGCCUUUGUUAUGCCAUCGUUUAGAAAGACGAUCAUUCGGCUUUUGACGCAAUUGAAAUACUCCUCCGACUUGAAAACAAAUGAAGAGGCAUCUUUGUUAAUGGGAAGACUUAUUAAGUCGUCAGAACGACUCAUUAAACCUUAUGUCGAGCCAUUACUUGAAGAUUUAUUACCAAAGCUUGAAGAAUCUAUUGAUAAAUCACACGGAGAGACUUGUAUAUAUCUGCUGAAUGCGAUUGGUGACUUGACGACGAUUGGAAACGACUUGAGUGCGUUUGUGAAGAGGUUGAUGAAGUGUAUGAUCACUGUGUUGUCAGACAAGGGCAACACACAGAAGAGAAGUGAGAGAAGAGGAGCUGCACUCUCUGCUUUAGGCAAGUUGACCAGAAAUAUUGGAUAUGUUGUUCAACCGUAUUACGACUACCCGGAGCUUUUGGGUAUUCUCCUGGACUUGGCGAGUAACGAGAGAACGCAAAGCAUUAAAUUGGAGUUGAUCAAGGUGUUUGGUAUCAUUGGGGCUAUCGAUACGUACAAAUAUAAAUUAUUGACUGAAAAAGACAGCGCCAAUAAUAACGAUGAUCCAGACAAUUCGGAUAACAUGUUACCAACUACACAACCCGGCACCGAUGAAUUCUACGCUUUAACUGUUUUCAGUCUUUUAUUUGAAAUAUUGCGAGACAACAGUUUGUACAUUGGGCACUCACAAACCGUCGAAACGUUUGUUGGAGUUGUUUUGUAUUUGAACAAGAAGAGUCUUCCGUUCAUCCCACAAAUCCUUUCGAUAUAUUUGAAGUUGUUUAAGACGUGUCUUCCUGGUGUGAGACCCGCGUUGAUUAAAGGGUUGGCGGAUAUGAUGUGUUUGAUUGAAAAGAAUAUCAGAGAGUACCUUUCCGAUAUAGUGAAUUUGAUUCAAGAGUGUUGGGAUGAAACAACAGUCUUACCAAUACUCUCUUUAGUUGGAGAAAUAUCAAGUGUCAUGCAUGAUGAGUUUAAGACGUAUAUGCCGAAGAUGCUUUCACUCAUUCUCACUGAACUGAACAAAUAUGUCUUUGACCAGAACAGCACUGUUUUUGAAAGUGUUAUUAAUUCGAUUGUUGUGUUGUCUGAGAACAUCGAUUUUGAAGAUUACUUACAUUUAGUUAUUCCAACAAUCACUGACUUAGUCAGCGAACAAGUCCACCACUCUAUUGUGUUACCAACGUUAAAGGCUCUUUACAAAUUUUUACAACAUGUCGAUGCUGAAGAGUUUAUCAGUCGACUUAUUCUACCGUUAACAAGACUGCUGCCAAAUCCAAUUUUAAGAGACACAACAAUGGACGUUUUCUGUAGUGUUGCUGAAAGACUUGGAAAGCCAUUUAUUGUAUACCACCAAACCAUUCAAAUAGCACUGAACAAGUACUGUCCGAGGUACACUCAUCAAAGGUACGAAAGUAUUGUAACUAAAUUGAAAGAUACCCCAGAUGGUCCAGUACUACCUUUGGAUGAUAACGAAGGACAGAAUGUUACUAUUUCGGAAGACCUUCAUACCCAAGUCACAAACUUCAAUCAAGACUCAACAGGAGACACGCUUUCAAAAGACUUCUCGAAGAUUGUGCUGGCUUGGGAUACUUAUAAACAGCGACGGAGUAAAGAAGAUUGGUUCGAUUGGGUCAAGCAGACUGCGAUCACGUUCUUGAAAGAAAGUCCAAUUCACUCGUUGAAUCUGUGUCACUCUCUUUCAACAGACCAUUCCCCGUUGGCUCGUGAUUUGUUCAACUACGCAUUUUUGGCAUCAUGGCAAGACUCCACAGAGAACGCACAACGGCUUGUCUUCUGCUUGAAAACUGUUCUCGAGAACCAAAGCACUCCACCGGAGAUUUUACAGAUUCUCCUCAAUUUGUGUGAGUUCAUGGAACGUGAGGGCAUUAAAGUUCCUAUAAAGUCUCUUGGAAAUUAUGCAAAGAAGUGUAACGCAUAUGCGAAAGCGCUUCACUACAAAGAGGCUGAAUUCUUGGAGAACCCAACAACACAGUUAGUCGAAGAGUUGAUUGGAUUGAACAAUCAGUUACAGAACUACGAUGCAGCUGCUGGUCUGAUAGAGUAUACCAAGAACCUUAAAAAGGAUCAAGAAGAGUCUGAAUUGAACCAGACGUGGUUUGAGAAACUUGGCAGAUGGCAAAAGGCGCUCGACAUUUACGAAAAGAAGAUCAAAGACGAUUCUAAGAACCCGGAACUUUUAGUUGGGAAAUUGAAUUGUUUGUAUGAACUUGGUGACUGGGAAGGACUUGGAGAAACGGCAAAGAACAUUUGGGAGUCUGGCGAUGAGACAGUAAUUGAAACGGCAAGACCAUUAUAUGCGGCUGCUUUGUGGUACUUGGAUCAAUGGGACGAUUUUGGAAGAGUUGUAGUGGAGAUGACGGAUAACAACUUUGAUACCAACUUUUUCAGGACUAUUAAUGCGAUUAACAAAGGCGAUUUCUCGAAAGCAACCGACUUGAUUCAAAAGGAACGAACGAUCUUAGACCCGGAGUUAUCAGCGUUGGCUGGAGAAUGUUACGAAAGAGCGUAUUCGACUGUUGCCCGUGCGCAUAUGCUUGCUGAACUUGAAGAAGUUAUUAUGUGUAAAGAAGGGAAAUACACGCAAGACGCCAAAAGCAUCUUGAAGAGUGCGUGGACGCAAAAGUUGGUGAAUGCAAAAGCGGAUGUCUCGGUGUGGCAAAAACUAUUGAAGAUCCACAGCUUUGUGUUGAGUGAGACUGAAAACAGCGAUUCGUGGAUUAAAUUCACUGGACUGUGUUAUAAGAGUGGAAUGCCUAAAUUGGCGAUGAAAACGUUGGAUCGAUUAGCCGGAAUUUCUCUCGACGAGCACUUGAAUGAACUUCCACCUGCGAAAUUGAGGAUUGGUGUCCAAUACUUAAACAUUCAAUGGAAGGGAGCAAAGGAUUUGGAGCAUCGAACAAAGAUCCUUGAGACAUUAAAUAAUUUUGCAAAGAUCAUUGAGACUCGUCGAAGCGACGACUUGGCGUUGAAGGCGGAUGUGUCAUCAAAACUCGGGGAGUGGAAUUUGUAUAUUGCACAGAAUUCGAAUUCAUUCAACUACGACACCAUUCCACGGAUAUUACAAUACUACCACGCUACUGUCCAAUACGACACAGAGAACUUCAAGUAUUGGCACAGCUGGGCACUCGUCAAUUUUGAGGUGGUGAGUUACAUUGAGAACGACGAAGAGAUGUCCGAAGACACACUGGUCGAAUAUCUGAGAAUUUCUAUUGAAGGCUUUGUCAAGUCGCUUAUACUCACAAAGAACUCGCAAACCCUUCAAGACACUUUGAGACUGUUGACGAUUCUCUUUAAGUACGGGAAGUACCAAGAAGUCGAAGAAGCUAUUGUCGAGGGUAUUCGAGCACUGCCAGUCGAUAUAUGGCUUCAUGUCAUACCACAGAUUAUAGCUAGGAUACAGUCAAGCGUACCUGCUGUGAAGAGAGUGAUGACCGAUUUAUUGACUAUUAUAGGUAAGAAGCAUCCACAAGCACUUGUAUAUCCAUUAACUGUAGCUUCUAAGUCACCGUCAUAUGACAGAAGAAAGACUGCUAUGUCAGUAAUUGAAAAGAUUCGAACGGACUCGGGACACUUGGUCGAACAAGCUUUGUUAGUUGGCGAAGAGUUGGUCCGAGUUGCUGUAUUGUGGCAUGAGUCGUGGCAUGAAUCACUCGAAGAAGCGAGCAGAGAGUUUUAUAUCAACCACAACUUCAAUGCGAUGUUAUCGUUGUUACAACCCCUUUACGAAAAGAUGGAGAAAGGCGGCGAGACGCAAAAUGAAAGAGGAUUUCUCCAAUCGUAUGGCAAAGACCUUAAAGACGCGUACGACUUGUGUAUGAGGUUUAAAGCAAAAGACAAGAAAGCGACGGACAAAGACCACGACAUUGAAAAUGCAUGGGAAUUGUACUUUAGAAUAUACAAGAGAAUACAUAAGUCGAUCAACUCAGUGUCUGUAUUGGAACUCCAACAAGUCUCCCCAAGACUCACGGAAGCAAGAGAUUUGGAUAUUGCAGUUCCUGGAACGUACAAAGCACAGAACAUUAACAACAUCACACGUAUUAAGAGCAUUGUACCUGUUCUUAAUAUCAUCCCAUCGAAACAACGCCCAAGAAAGUUGGCGAUUGUCGGUUCAAAUGGAGUUGAGUAUAAAUUCUGUUUAAAGGGACAUGAAGAUCUGAGGCAAGACGAGAGAGUGAUGCAACUAUUUGGGCUUGUCAACGACUUGUUGGCAAGCAACUCCGCGACAUCAACACAUCACUUGAACAUUUUGUGUUACGAAGUCAUCCCAUUGAGUCCAAUGAGUGGGUUGAUUGGAUGGGUGCCACAUUCUGAUACGUUCCAUCAACUGAUCAAAGAAUACAGAGAGACACAUAACAUCCCAGUCGAUUUCGAAAAGAAGUUGAUCACCAAAUUGGCGCCUCGCUUUGAUGACUUGUCAUACUUACAAAAGGUCGAGAUCUUCGAAACUGUCUUGGAGGAAUCAUCUGGAAUGGAUUUGGCCAAUAUAUUGUGGCUCAAGAGUGCGUCGUCAGAGGCUUGGAUGGAGCGAAGAACGAAUUUCACACGAAGUGUCGCCUUAAUGUCGAUGGUUGGAUACAUUUUGGGCCUUGGAGACCGACACCCUUCUAAUUUGAUGUUACAGAGAUACACGGGUAAUGUUGUUCACAUCGACUUUGGCGACUGUUUUGAAGUGGCGAUACAACGAGAGAAGUUCCCUGAACGAAUACCAUUCCGAUUAACACGGAUGAUAGUGAAUGCGAUGGAUGUGAGUGGCAUUGAAGGGACAUUCAGAAUUACAUGUGAGGCGGUGAUGAAAGUGCUGCGAAUGAAUAAAGACAGUUUAAUGGCGGUGCUCGAAGCGUUUGUGUAUGAUCCACUUAUUGUUCGAAUACUUGGUGGCAAAGACGCGGAAGACGAAGAAGACAAUACAAAGCCAAAAGAGAAUCAACAAGGAGAAGACAGUGCGAUGAAGACCAAAGCGGGAACAGUCAUGAAAAGGGUGCUUGAGAAAUUGACUGGAAAGGACUUUGGCAAUGAAGUGGAACUUAGUGUCAGUGACCAAGUCGACAGACUUAUUAAAGAAGCAAUUUCCCAUGAGAAUUUGAGUCAGUCGUACCAAGGUUGGUGUCCAUACUGGUAA